UGCUGAGAAACAUUUGGACUGUCACUCUCAACAAAAGAAGAACUGCAAACGAGGAGAAACCAACAGCACCGGCAUAAUGGGCAGUAAGUAUCACUGGCAGAGCCAGAAUGUCAAGCAGAGUGGUGUUGAUGACAUGGUGCUUCUCUCCAAGAUCACUGAAGAUGCCAUCGUGGAAAAUCUCAAAAAGAGAUACAUGGACGACUACAUCUUUACAUAUAUAGGGCCUGUAUUGAUAUCGGUGAAUCCCUUCAAACAGAUGCCGUACUUCACUGACCGUGAGAUUGAGCUCUACCAGGGAGCUGCCCAAUAUGAGAACCCACCACACAUUUACGCUCUGACAGACAACAUGUACAGGAACAUGAUGAUUGACAGCGAAAAUCAAUGUGUCAUUAUAAGUGGGGAAAGCGGAGCAGGAAAAACAGUUGCUGCUAAAUACAUUAUGGGCUACAUCUCUAAAGUAUCAGGAGGAGGAGCUAAAGUACAGCAUGUGAAGGAAAUUAUCCUGCAAUCAAACCCUCUGCUGGAAGCCUUUGGCAAUGCGAAGACAGUCCGCAACAACAAUUCAAGUCGCUUUGGCAAAUACUUUGAGAUCCAGUUUAGUCGAGGAGGAGAGCCAGACGGAGGGAAGAUCUCCAACUUCCUGCUGGAAAAAUCAAGAGUCGUGAGCCAGAAUGAAAAUGAAAGGAACUUUCACAUCUUCUACCAGCUAAUAGAUGGUUGCACGCCUCGGCAGAAGGAAGAAUUGGGAAUUAUGACCCCAGAUUACUACUACUAUCUGAACCAAUCUGGAACAUACAAGGUGGAUGGAACUAAUGAUAGCAAGGACUUCCAAGAAACCAUGGAAGCUAUGCAGGUGAUCGGCAUACCGGAGAUGUUUCAGAGGCAGGUGCUGCAGAUUGUAGCUGGCAUCUUACAUCUGGGCGCUGUCAGUUUCAUUGAGGCGGGAAACUAUGCGCAGGUGGAGAGCACGGACUUACUGGCGUUCCCUGCAUACCUGCUGGGUAUCGACCAAAACCGUCUACAGGAGAAGCUCACCAGCAGGAAAAUGGACUCCAAAUGGGGUGGUAAAUCUGAAACCAUCGAUGUGACUCUGAACAGAGAACAAGCGAACUACACGCGUGACGCUCUCUCCAAAGCACUCUACGCCCGUCUGUUUGACUACCUGGUUGAGGCAAUAAAUAAAGCCAUGCAGAAACCCAUUGAGGAGCUCAGUGUUGGUGUUCUGGAUAUUUAUGGAUUUGAAAUUUUCCAGAGGAAUGGUUUUGAGCAGUUCUGUAUCAACUUUGUGAAUGAAAAGUUGCAGCAGAUCUUUAUUGAGCUGACACUGAAAGCAGAACAGGAAGAGUAUGUACAGGAAGGCAUCAAAUGGACACCCAUAGAAUACUUUAACAACAAAAUUGUGUGUGACUUAAUAGAAAAUAAACUGAAUCCUCCCGGCAUCAUGAGUGUGCUGGAUGAUGUGUGUGCUACCAUGCACGCCAAAGGAGAUGGUGCUGAUAUGACUCUGCUUCAGAAGCUACAGGCUGCGGUGGGGACACACGAGCACUUCAACAACUGGAACUCUGGUUUCGUCAUUCACCACUACGCUGGCAAGGUGUCGUAUGAUAUCUGCGGUUUCUGUGAGCGAAACAGAGACGUGCUUUUCCCUGACCUCAUAGAACUGAUGCAAAGCAGCCAAUUCGACUUCAUUCGGAGCCUCUUCCCAGAAAACCUCAAUACGGAUAAGAAAGGUAGACCAACCACGGCUAGCUCGAAGAUCAAACUAAUAGAUGGUUGCACGCCUCGGCAGAAGGAAGAAUUGGGAAUUAUGACCCCAGAUUACUACUACUAUCUGAACCAAUCUGGAACAUACAAGGUGGAUGGAACUAAUGAUAGCAAGGACUUCCAAGAAACCAUGGAAGCUAUGCAGGUGAUCGGCAUACCGGAGAUGUUUCAGAGGCAGGUGCUGCAGAUUGUAGCUGGCAUCUUACAUCUGGGCGCUGUCAGUUUCAUUGAGGCGGGAAACUAUGCGCAGGUGGAGAGCACGGACUUACUGGCGUUCCCUGCAUACCUGCUGGGUAUCGACCAAAACCGUCUACAGGAGAAGCUCACCAGCAGGAAAAUGGACUCCAAAUGGGGUGGUAAAUCUGAAACCAUCGAUGUGACUCUGAACAGAGAACAAGCGAACUACACGCGUGACGCUCUCUCCAAAGCACUCUACGCCCGUCUGUUUGACUACCUGGUUGAGGCAAUAAAUAAAGCCAUGCAGAAACCCAUUGAGGAGCUCAGUGUUGGUGUUCUGGAUAUUUAUGGAUUUGAAAUUUUCCAGAGGAAUGGUUUUGAGCAGUUCUGUAUCAACUUUGUGAAUGAAAAGUUGCAGCAGAUCUUUAUUGAGCUGACACUGAAAGCAGAACAGGAAGAGUAUGUACAGGAAGGCAUCAAAUGGACACCCAUAGAAUACUUUAACAACAAAAUUGUGUGUGACUUAAUAGAAAAUAAACUGAAUCCUCCCGGCAUCAUGAGUGUGCUGGAUGAUGUGUGUGCUACCAUGCACGCCAAAGGAGAUGGUGCUGAUAUGACUCUGCUUCAGAAGCUACAGGCUGCGGUGGGGACACACGAGCACUUCAACAACUGGAACUCUGGUUUCGUCAUUCACCACUACGCUGGCAAGGUGUCGUAUGAUAUCUGCGGUUUCUGUGAGCGAAACAGAGACGUGCUUUUCCCUGACCUCAUAGAACUGAUGCAAAGCAGCCAAUUCGACUUCAUUCGGAGCCUCUUCCCAGAAAACCUCAAUACGGAUAAGAAAGGUAGACCAACCACGGCUAGCUCGAAGAUCAAAAGACAAGCCAACGAGUUGGUUAGCACACUGAUGAAGUGCACACCGCACUACAUCCGCUGCAUCAAACCCAACGAGACCAAGAGGCCCAAAGACUGGGAGGAGAGCAGAUUGCCCUCCAGCACAAGGCAAGACGACUUCUUCAUCCUUCAUGAGAAUGAGUAUGACAGUCUUCUGGAGUCCACAUUUAAAACUGAGUUCCUCAGUCUGCUUUGCAAGCGUUACGAGGAGCAGACCCGAAGCAAACUCUCACUGUCCUUCAGCGACAGGCUGGAGUUCCGAGUGAAGAAGGAGGGCUGGGGAGGAGGCGGCAUGCGUGUGGUGGUUUUCCAGAGGGGACAGACUGAUUUAGCCGUCAUCAAACCUGGAGGAAAGACCCUCACUAUCUCUAUAGGAGAUGGACUACCAAAGACAUCCAAGCCAACCAGGAAAGGCAUGCCACAGAGUCAAGGAGGAAGUAACCAGCCACGGCACAGAGGGGGCCAUCAGAACGGGGCAGCACAGUUUGCCCGGGCUGGUGCUCAACAGCACCAUCAGCCGCAGCAGCAGAGGGAAGCGACAUACUCCACACCAACGAGGAACCCUCCACCCAGCAAUGCUCUUCCUAAACUGGGAUCGCAGAAGAAUCCAAGAGGCUCUAGGCUGGCCCAGAAUCAGUCCACAAACCUCGACUUCCUCAAUGUGCCUGAUCAGGGCAUGUCAGGAAUGCAGCGGAAAAGGAGCAUCAGCAAACGGCCUCCACCGGCCCCCUCUAGCCGUCCCAAACCUCAGCCCCGACCACAGGGCCCUCGCUGCAGAGCGCUUUACCAGUAUUUUGGCCAAGAUGUGGAUGAAAUUAGCUUUGAUGUCAAUGACAUCAUAGACCUUAUCAAUGAAGAUCAGUCAGGGUGGUGGCGAGGGCGGAUUCAUGGGAAGGAGGGUCUCUUUCCUGGGAAUUAUGUGGAGAAGAUCUGACCUGAUGAACCUGCACCAUGACUUUUGACCUCUAACCUCCACUAGAUCAUGGAAUUUUCACUCAAGCCAGUGACGAGAUAAGUGACUUGUCACCAUUUUGUAGUAUUUUUGCUGAAUUUUAUGACAUUUUUUGUAAUUAGUUUUUUUAAAUAGACAAAUUUGUUGGUACAGUUUUCAGGCUAAGAGAGAGCAUACACUGUUUACAAAGACUCUGCACUGUCCACAAAUGACCACUUGACUGCGCUGUUUUGCAGUUUGAAAGUCUAAUUUCGUGAAAACUAUAUGUAAAAAAGAAGAAAAUAUUUUCUGUGCAUCAAUUUUUUAUGCUUCUUUUUAUCCUUCUUCUGUGUAAAAUCUUCAAUCAUAAAAAGUAUUAAUUGAUGUCUGAUACUAACAGUAUUAAAGAGAGCUUUGUUUAACAGA